GAUCCCAACAUGAUUGGGAAAAGACUCGGAGGAUGGAUGAAUAAGUUGCAUUAUUGCUAUCAGUAUGUUCUAUUUUCUCUUAAUGAAAGUCUGUCCCUGAUUAAUUUAUUGGUCGUGGGCGGGCAUCCUAAACCCCUAGUGCGCUAGUCCUACUCGCUCUUGGCCGAUUUUGUUUCAGCAAUUUUUUAGUGGCCCCGUUGAAAAAAAGGUUUAGUAUUGCUCGAGGUUUUAGUAAAGUUCUAACUCCCUUGGGCUAAGCUGCGCCCAGAAAGGGAGAAGUCAAUUGAUAUUUUCAAAACAGAUAAUUUUUGCAAAAUAUUGAUUGGCCAACGUGAUCUCAGCGCACUUAACCCACUGGAUCCGCCAUGGUAACACGUUCCUAUUCGAAAAAGUGCCAAUAGUGGAAGCUUAUUUAUGCAUUUUCGAUCACAAACGUCAUAAGUACGGCCUUUCGCAAUAUUUUUUCUGUUGAUUAUAUAGUUAUAAGUCAAUGGUUGAUUAGCAUUUUCAUAUUACUCGUAGGAGUUGUAGGGCUAAUGUCAAUAUUCUAUCUGUCAUACAUAAGCAAAACCAUAGAUAAUAAAGUAUAGUUACCGGCACGGAUAUUGGGCUCUCGGCGCGGGCGGAAGAGUGGGGAUCGCUUUGCGCACUGUACACAUAAGGCAAUAAAACAAAAAAUCGCUUCUGCGCAGGUGAAGGUCAUGGCUCGAUAUCCGUGCCGAUAACUAUACUGAAGUUGGCAAAUAACAUGACAAAUAUAAGCAAGAGAGUGAAGUAUGAGCGGCGCUCAAAUAGACUUGGCAGAAAGGUAGGCAGGAUUGGCAGAACACUGCAGGCGCCUCCGGCUGGUUACAUAAUUUAAGCAUGCAAUAGAUUUAAGAAUUACAUUUCCCACAAAAAACAAUUUCAGUUUUUAUUUGCUUCAAUAACUUUGGUGCCAUAAAAAAUGCAAUAAAAAAAUUGAAACGAAAUUAGAUUUUUCCUUUUAAAAGUAAGGAGUAAGGGCGAUGUUGAAAUUUUUACAAUUUAGUUUUUUAUUAUUUGUGUUUUUUAUAGCAAAAUGUUCCAGUUACGACCAACUUUCGGAUUCAAAACUAAUCUCACAAAAAUCGUUUAUUGUCUGGCCGAACGCUACAAUUCCUUUUUACAUCCAUCCUGAACAUUUUGACCAUGAGCAAUCAAUGGCAAUCAUGACGGCACUAUCCAUGUUUGCUUUCAAAACGUGUUUGAAAUUCGCUCCUGUAAUGUCGACCCCGGAUGAUAACCAACAUAUUAUGACGUUUAUCAACCCUGUCGGUGCGAGGAGAUGCAAAAUACAUAAUGAAGGACAUUCUAAUUAUCAUCCACAUCUAAUUCAACUGGGGUACGGCUGUCUCCAAUCACCAGAAAUCGACAUGAUGAUCAUGAGAGCUCUCGGGCUGCCCUUCGAACAUAACCGCAUGAACCGAGACGCUUACAUUGAUGUGCUGGUCGAGAAUAUUGAGCCAAGUUACGUAGAACUCUUCACAAAGAGUGGCGUCCUGCCAUCCAGGAUCUGGUCAUUACCCUACGACGUGAACAGCGUCAUGCACUUCGGAGAACGGGAGUACAGCAAGAAUGGACAUAGGACUAUCAUGUUUAAGGACAACAUCAAACAAAAUCGCAUCGGCCUAUCUCCUUUGGACUUGAAGAAAAUUGAACUAAUAUAUGGACCGGAAUGUCGAGCAAGAGAUCGACAAGAGAAAGUUGAACUCUGCCAGUCUUACCCAGGAGUAGCCAGGCGUAAGAGAGAAGUGGAACCACCAACCAAUAAGAGUUUGAGAGUAAACCCUGAAAUAACUCCACCUCCUACUGUUCUCUCUUCUCUGAAAGUCCAACCAGUGGCUUUAGCAGAAGCAGUACCUAUCGAAGAGACUCCGCAAGAUGGUUCAGAGUAUAUCAACGCAAAUUUAGACGCUCUUGGCAUAUCUAAUGAAACGGAAAAGAUUAUUGAACAAGUCUACAAAGUAUCAGCCCUUGCUUUGAAACAUGCUAGAGAGAAAUACUGCAAUAGAACUUCUAAUACAACUAUUGAAGUUGAUGAUAAAAAACCGGACAACGUAAAACGAUCCAACGCAUCCGAUAUUUUGGGAAUACUUGAAGUUAUAGCUGAUUAUGCCAAAUCUAUGGUUGAUAAUGCCGUAGCUAACCUAACCUCCUUCUGUGAAACGUCAGAAUCCAUAGAAACUUACCAAAGACAAUGUAAGUUCGGAUACGACAGCCGAUGCCCGAAAACUUAUAGAUCUACAAAAUCUGGGGCUGUACGGUAUUCUACGAAUCAUAGACCAUAUAUUAAACAACAGACUCGACAUGAGGGAGUGGAGAAUAGAUACUCUUAUGAUAAAAUGUUAAGGCGUGAAGGCGACGAUACCACGCCAUCUUUGACACCAAAUAGAAAGAAAAGAGACGUUACAAACCCAGAGGAAGAUAAAUUGAAAGAUGUCAACGAAUUGACGGAAGUUCAAAAUGAGAACACCACGAAUGACAUGAAGGUUUCGACCAUGAAGGAUGAUACGAAGGUAGAAAGAAGGUACUUUGAAGAGACACGAUACAACAAUAACAAAAAAAAAUAUCGCAAAGACGGCGCCGGGCCCGAAUGGGAUGGUUCCGACGUAUCUAUAGAACCAGUUGAGAGAAUGGGGAAAAUUGCAAAAGAUGACAGUCAAUCAGCAGAAGACAGCAUAGACGCAGAGGCAGAAAAGUCCAUAAACAAAGAAGAAUUAGUGAAAGAAGUUAUUAACGAAGGACUAGACUCUAUUUUAGACGCUGAGAAGGCAAAAAAUGAAGAAGAAGAUGGGUCUAGUUCAGUUUCUGAACCAGAUAACAAAGAAGAGAAGAAAUCUGAGGAAGAAGAAACGGGUAAGAAGAAGAAACAUCGGAAAGGAACAGGGAAAAAAGUUACGGAAGCUACUAAGACUGAGCCUGAUGAGAAACCAAAGAUGAGUUCUAUGGAGCAACGUUCACACAGUGGAUUGCCGAAAACAGUCAGACUAAAUAAGUUGAACAAGGAAUUUUACGCUGAGAGGAAAUGGCCUGACGGUAUUGUCAGACUGGUCAUCAAGAAAAUACCGGAAUUUGACCUCGAAGAUCUCCGCAACAGAAUAGCAGAAGUAAACAGUAUACUACAACAGAAGACUUGCGUGAAGAUCCACGAGGUGGACUCCAAGGAGGCGCGAGGGUACGACGACUAUAUCAUACUGGAUACCAGCCCUGAUUACGUUACGGGACGAACGGGGGGGAAGCAGAUCUUCGGCUGCGUGGAGCUGUUCCGUGGGGGUCAGCAUCGACAGCAUACAGCUAUGAUGGUGAUGGCAAUGCUGGGCUUCUACUUCGAAGUCUCCCGCCAUGAUAGGGACAAGUAUAUCAGGGUGCAUCAGAGGCAUGUUAGACCAGAUAAACUACACCACUUCGAGAAAAUUCGUGAUGAAGCUACUCUAGAUGUGCCGUAUGACUAUAAGAGCGCCACCCACCCAGCCUGGCAGUUCUGGAGAAAGAUCGGCAAGACUGGCAUCUCCACCGUCGCCACUUAUAAGGAACGGGACCCAGACGGCUCAAUAAUGAGGUCUUUAGGCCAGAACGAAGAACUGCUGUCAGAAUACGAUAUUAUAAAAAUAAACAGCAUAUACGGCGUCGACUGUUUCAUACCAAACAAAGAUCAGGCUAAGAGAAAGAGACACCGUGUGAAGUCUAAAAGGAAUACAUAAUUAAAUUAAAUGAAAAAGA